GCGGAGUCGCGGCUGCUCGCUGAGGCCCAACCCGUUGCCCAGGCAACAGGGCUCCCGGCAGCCCCCGCGGCCCGGAGUCCAUCCCGCCUCCUCCGGGCUGGCGGGGCUGACGAGUCCAGAGGGGCUGCCGCGGGAGCCUGCAGGUUUCCCUAGAUGAUGAAUAAACAGUCCUUCUGCCUGAAGAACAUCUGUGGAAACCUUGACCAUGGCAUCGAUAUCAGAGCCUGUAACAUUCCGAGAAUUCUGCCCUUUGUACUAUCUCCUCAAUGCCAUUCCCACAAAGAUCCAGAAGGGCUUUCGCUCUAUUCUGGUCUACCUCACAGCCCUGGAUGUGAACGGAGACUACAUUGCAGUGGGCAGCAGCAUUGGCAUGCUCUACCUGUACUGCCGGCACCUCAGCCAGAUGAAGAAGUACAACUUUGAAGGGAAGAUGGAGUCUAUCACCGUGGUGAAGCUGCUGAGUUGCUUUGAUGACCUUGUGGCAGCAGGCACUGCCUCUGGGAAGGUUGCAGUUUUCCAACUUGUGUCUUCAUUGCCGGGGAGGAACAAGCAGCUUCGGAGAUUUGAUGUCACUGGUGUUCAUAAAACCAGCAUCACAGCUCUGGCUUGGAGCCCCAACGGGAUGAAGCUGUUCUCCGGAGAUGACAAGGGGAAGAUCGUCUACUCCUCUCUAGAUCUGGACCAGGGUACCUGUAGCUCACACCUGGUGUUGGAAGAGCCGUCUUCCAUUGUGCAGCUGGAUUACAGCCAGAAAGUGCUGCUCGUGUCGACCUUGCAGAGAAGCCUGCUCUUUUACACAGAGGAACAGGCUGUCAAGCAGAUUGGAUCCCAGCCACGGAAAAGUACUGGGAAAUUUGGUGCUUGUUUUAUACCAGGACUGUGUAAGCAAAGUGACCUCACCCUGUACGCAGCCCGGCCUGGGCUACGGCUGUGGAAGGCCGAUGUCCAUGGGACGGUUCAAGCCACGUUUAUCCUCAAGGAUGUCUUUGCUGGAGGAGUCACACCUUUUGAGCUCUACCCUCGUCUGGAGCCUGAUGGGGGAAGCUGCAGCUCACCUGAGAAACACCUGGGGCUCGUUUCCUGCUUCUUUCGAGAAGGCUGGGUGCUGAGCUGGAAUGAGUACAGUAUCUAUCUUCUGGAUACCGUCAACCAGGCCACUGUUGCUGGUUUGGAAGGACUGGGUGAUAUUGUGUCUGUUUCCUGCACAGAAAAUGAAAUAUUUUUCCUAAAGGGAGAUAGGAACGUUAUAAGGAUUUCAAGCAGGCCUGAAGGACUCGGAUCCAUAGUGAGGGAUGGUCUGGAGACAAGAUGUUCAGAGCAGGUCCGUGGGCAGCAUCUGGAGAAGUCACUGGGGGCCACUGUUUGUGAGACAAGACUUGGAGGCUCUUCUGUGGCCAGUUCUGUGGCCAGUGAGCAGCGGAGCAGGAGCAGCUCACUCAACUCGACGGACAGUGGCUCUGGGCUGCUGUUGCCCGGGCUCCAGGCUGCCCCUGAGCUGGACCAGGGUGGCCAGCCGUCCUCACAGAGGUUCAGUAUCAUCAGUUCUGAAGACUUUGACCAGGAGCUCAUUGUGAAACCCAUCAAAGUGAAGAGGAGGAGGAAGAGAAAGACAGAAGGCGGAACCAAGAGCACCUGCCACAGUUCCCUCGAGUCGACUCCCUGCUCGGAGUUCCCUGGCGACAGCCCCCAGUCCUUGAACACAGACCUCCUGUCCAUGACGUCAAGUGCUCUGGGCAGUAGUGUGGAUCAGUUGAGUACAGGGUCUCCAGACCAGGAGAACAACCCCAGUGCCGAGGCGAAUGGGAUCCCGCAGGAAGACAAUGGCUCUGAAACCUUCAGUGUCCUGGGGGUUCCUGAGUCUGCCCUUGACCCAGGGGAUGAAGAAAAUGGCACUAGAACGGAACCUUCCCAGUGUGACCACACACCGGACAUGGACCUGCUCAAUGGGGUGUUGGAUUUACCCUUGCGGCCAGGGGAGAAGGUGGGAGGUAGUGACCUCAUCUCAGGACUUGAAGAGGAGCCUGCUCCUGCUGAUGGUGCAGCAGGGCAUGCACAGCUGUGCCUGAGGAGACAGGAGAGCUCUGCUGAGGCGCGGGAAGUGAACACCGUGGAGUGCAGUGACCCCCAGAGCACUUUUCCUGAAGCCCCUCUUCUGGACUCACUUGUGGUACCUUCCAGCCUCAGCUGGCCCCCAGGUGCUGAGCAGUGGCUGCCUGGGAUGGGAGUUUAUGAAGUCCACACUGAAGAGACCAGCCCAGGGCCGGAUAUCCUGACCCACGUGGAGGUCCCUAGCUACCUGGGCUCCAACCCCUGGCAUGUAGUCACCGAUAAUGACACAGGUCAGAAAGAAAUGCCCACUUCUGAAUGUGCCAUAGGAAAUGUGGAAGGACAGGUAACUCCUCUUACCUCUGCCUUGGUGGCCAGCACCAAUGAGCAUUGGCUGGACCAACCUUUCCAGGAUCAGGCAGUGACAUCCAGUGAUGAGGAAGACAUUUAUGCCCAUGGGCUCCCAUCUUCAUCCUCAGAGACGAGUGUGGCAGAGCUUGGAGCUGAUCGCUCUCUGCAGGACCUGAGCCAGCCAGGGAAUGAUGACACCACACUGCUCAAGACAGAUCAGUUUGCAGAGAGCUGGAUGGGCUACUCGGGUCCUGGCUACGGCAUCCUCAGCUUGGCGGUCUCGGAAAAGUUUAUCUGGUGCCUGGACUACAAAGGUGGCCUGUUCUGCAGUGCCCUGCCUGGUGCAGGGCUGCGCUGGCAGAGGUUUGAAGAUGCUGUCCAGCAGGUGGCAGUCUCUCCCUCAGGGGCUCUUCUCUGGAAGAUUGAGCAGAAAUCUAACCGUGCUUUUGCUUGUGGCAAAGUUACCAUCAAGGGGAAGCGGCACUGGUAUGAGGCUCUGCCCCAGGCUGUGUUUGUGGCCCUGAGUGAUGACACAGCCUGGAUCAUCAGAACCAACGGAGAUCUGUACCUUCAGACAGGUCUCAGCGUGGAUCGGCCCUGUGCCCGAGCUAUGAAGGUCGACUGUCCUUACCCACUGUCCCAGAUCACUGCCCGGAACAGUGUGGUUUGGGCACUGACAGAGCAGAGGGCCCUCGUGUACCGGGAGGGUGUGAGCAGCUUCUGUCCUGAAGGGGAACAGUGGAAGUGUGAUAUUGUCAGUGAAAGGCAGACUCUGGAGCCUGUCUGCAUAACUCUCGGAGAUCAGCACACGCUCUGGGCCCUGGACAUUCAUGGGAAGCUGUGGUUCAGAACUGGCGUGAUUCCCAAGAAGCCCCAAGGAGAUGAUGACCAUUGGUGGCAGGUGAGCAUCACGGACUAUGUGGUGUUCGACCAGUGCAGCUUGUUCCAGACCAUCAUGCAUGCCACGCACUCAGUAGCGACAGCAGCCCAAGCCCCUGUGGAAAAGGUAGCAGAUAAACUGCGCAUGGCAUUCUGGUCUCAGCAGCUUCAGUGCCAGCCCAGCCUACUAGGGGUUAACAACAGUGGUGUCUGGAUCUCCUCAGGCAAGAAUGAAUUCCAUGUUGCCAAAGGAAGUCUCAUAGGAACUUACUGGAAUAACGUUGUUCCCCGAGGAACAGCUUCAGCUACAAAAUGGGCCUUCGUGUUGGCUUCUCCUGCCCCUACCCAGGAUGGAAGCUCCUUGUGGCUGUGCCAGAGCAGCAAGGACCUGUGCAGCAUCAGUGCCCAGAGUGUGCAGUGCCGCCCCUCCACAGUGCAGUUGCCCGCCGACGCCGAGAUAAGGACCUACGCUGCCUGCCAGGAUGCACUGUGGGCCUUGGACAACCUUGGGCAGGUGUUCAUCAGGACGCUUUCUAAGAGCUGCCCCACAGGCAUGCACUGGACGAAACUGGACCUUUCCCAGCUAGGAAACGUAAGACUGACCAGCUUAGCAUGUGGAAAUCAGCAUAUCUGGGCCUGUGACUCCAAGGGUGGAGUUUACUUCCGUGUUGGAACCCAGCCUCUGAAUCCCAGCCUGAUGCUCCCGGCCUGGAUCAUGAUUGAGCCACCUGUCCAGCCUGCCGGGGUCACCUUGGUCAGCGUCUAUUCUAGCCCCAAUGACCAGAUGCUGUGGGCCCUGGACAGCAGAUGGAAUGUGCACGUGCGGACUGGGAUCACUGAGGAGAUGCCUGUGGGGACAGACUGGGAGCAUGUGCCAGGGUUACAGGCCUGCCAGUUGGCAUUGAGCACCAGGACUGUGUGGGCCCGCUGUCCAAAUGGUGACCUUGCCCGCCGCUAUGGCAUCACAGACAAGAAUGCUGCUGGGGACUACUGGAAGAAAAUUCCCGGAAGUGUGUCAUGUCUCACAGUGACCUCAUCAGACGAGCUGUGGGCAGUGGGCUCCCCUGGCUAUCUCCUCCAGCGACUGACAAAGACGUUCAGCCAUUCACACAAUACCCCAAAGAACAGCCAGGCAGCAGCCACCUUCCACCCCGAGGACCUGGAGGAUGAGUGGGAGGUCAUCUGAAGGAGCCCCAGGCAGCCAGUCAGGGAGGAAACUGAGGCUCUGUGAUGGAUGCUGAUGUUUCCUAGUGGCUCACUUACGGACAUGCCUCAUCCACCAGGCUGGAUACCCCGCACUUGCUUUCCUCUGUAUUUGUUUCCGUCUCAUUCCAGAACUCACAGCCUCAGCCGUGUGCCCGGCCGGAGCAGUCACUGUAGCAGCAGCACCUUUGACGUCCUGCCAAGGUCACCUCCAAGGGGGGGCAGUGGCUGCUGCUGCUCAGCUGCAUGCACUUGUUACCUGUGCACCACAGUAAAUUCUCUUCAGCAAAACA